UGAGACAAAUAAUCCAAUCAUUAGUUCACCAACACCGCUGAUGUCUUGCCUACAGUCCCUGAGAGAUGACUUCACUCUGAGGCCGUUUGAGCUCCAGGACACACGAUGAAGCGGAGGUUGUCGCCAUGGGGAGCCAGCUUUGGAAGUGGGCGAAGCAGUGACGCCGCUGCCAUGGCAUCAGGACCUUCAGAUGUGAUGGCCAACCAGGAGCCUGCUGAGGUUGCAGAUGAGUGCUCAGGAAAGAAGAAGUCUAAGUUCCAGACAUUUAAAAACUUCUUUGCCAGGAAGAAGAAAAAGGAGGUGUCUUCAUCAGCGGAUCAGUCAUCGCUUAAAGGCAGCCAGUCGAGCGACGAUAUCAGUAAAACAUCAGAAAACAAAGCACUCAGUCGCUCAGAGAAGGAGAAAGGUUCUGGGUCAAAGAUCAGUCUGGGCAGCAAAGCGUUGUCGCAUGACUCCGUCUUUGUCUCAGAUUCGUCGGACGCAAACGAGGCUCUGGGGGCAUCUCAGGACAGCAUUCAUGGAAAAGUCAAAUCUCUUCAGCUCCAGCUCAAGCAGGCCAUCAGACUGGGCUCUCCUCCAUCUCUGAUGUGUGUUAAGAGGACAGAAGAUGGCGGAACCAUGUCAGAAGAUGACGGUCUACCCUGCAGCCCCCCUGAAUACACUUCACCUCACACAGCCCUGAAUCAGGAUAAGAGGAACAGCUCCAUCAGCCUGGAGGGUAGCGACAGCGAUGAAGACCAGUCAUCCAGAGUUGGGAGCCCCCUUGUGGUGGUUCCAGGGGAUUUCAGUCUGCCUGCCAGCCCGUUUGGCUGUCUGGAUAACUCUGCUGCCAAACACAAGCUGGGCCUAAGAAGUAAGGCCUGUAACAGGAGGAAACCUGCCAAUAGACUUGACAUCAAAGCAGAGGAACAUAGCAGGAUGAAUGGAUCGUUGAACAUCCUGGAGGCACAAGAGGAUGAGAAAAUAGGAGAUGCAAGUGGUGAUGAGCUGGACCAGAAACUGGAGAAGGAGGAUGAGCCACUCUUGUUGGGAGAUAAGCAGGAAAGCAUGGAAGGAGAAGAUGUGUUGGAAGAAGAAGACCAAGAUGGUCGGGAGACUUCCUGUCAAUCAGAGGAGGGAGGUCCAUCCUUUCCAAAGCGCAGCACCAGAAACGCCUCUCUGGACAGUCCCAGAGCAACACCAGAGCCCCCUGCUGGCCAGAAAGAUGUCUUCGACCAGCGAGUGGUUACAUGUGGAACAGAGGAGAACAUGGAUGGACUAGGAGAGGCUGUGGAAGAAGAUGGCUCCUUCUUACAGGAGGUGCUGAACUCCUUACCUUCUUGUUCCUCGUGCGUGGACUCUAAGGAUGUUGUCCUGGAGAUGAAGGAAGAAGAUAAGGAGCUAGAAGAAGCAGAAGAGGAGGAGGUGAAGGAUCAAGAGCCUGUCUUUCAUCAGGAGGCUCCUUCUGAUGCCCUCCUGUCGGGUCAGACGAGUGUGGAAGAGGAGGUGGAGGAAGCUCCUCAGAGUGGGAGCACUGCUGCUUUCUCUAUACAUGUCCAUGAAGAGGAGGAACGUGAAGAUGGUGAAGAACAGGAGGAGGAGGAAGAGCCGCUAGUCAUGGAAAGAUUCAGUCAUCCUUGUGGCGAAGGAGAGAAAGCGCUGCCAGGGGAAGAGAUACCUGAAGAAGAACAAGCCUUGAUCCAAAGAAGAUCUGACCCACAGGAAGCACUGGAAGCGGUGACAAGUGAUGAAGAAGAGCAGCUGGAGGUAAAGGAGGAUCAGGAGAUGAGGGAGGAGGAGAAAGAGGAGACACAACAGAUGGUAGAGGAGGCAAUAGACGUCAUGGAUGGAACGACUUCUAAAGCAGCGGAUGGAGAUGUUUGCAAUGUUCUCCCAGUCCAAGAGGAAGGGGAAGGUGCAGAUGCACUGGCAGGAGAUGAUGCCACAUGCAACCCACAAGUCAUAUAUGAUGACAGAUUUCCAGAAUCAUGUGAUCAGAAAGCUGACACCGUACACGAGAACCAACCCCAUGGAAAUGAUGAAAGAACUGGUGGAGAGGACGGAGCUGUGGUGGGUGAAGACUUAAACCGACAUUUGGAUAAAGAAGAAGGGCUGGAGGCUCAGGACAUUUACAGGAAACAAGACAUGGAUGAAGAUCUAGAGCAGGACAAAUCAAAAGUGAUGCAAACCAGAUCACCCAUGUCUUCUUCCUCUUUGCACUUUGAGUCUUUUUCACCACUAAAUGAGACUCCCACUAAGACCAACCUUCAAAGUGAGACCUUCAGUCCCACUAAGAUCAACCUUCCUUUUGAAACCUUCACUCCCACUAAGACCAACCUUGGAAGUGAGACGUUCAGUCCCACUAAGACUAACCUUCAAAGUGAGACCUUCACUCCCACUAAGACCAACCUUCGAAGUGAGACCUUCAGUCCCACUAAGACUAACCUUCAAAAUGAGACCUUCAGUCCUGCUAAGACCAUCCUUCCAAGUGAAACCUUUACUCCCACUGAGACUAACCUUCCAAGUGAGACCUUCAGUCCCACUAAGACUAACCUUCAAAGUGAGACCUUCAGUCCCACAAAGACUAACCUUCCAAGUGAGACAUUCAGUCCCACUAAUACCAACCUUCCUUGUGAUACCUUCACUCCCACCAAGACCAACCUUCCAAGUGAGACCUUCAGUCCCACUAAGACUAACCUUCAAAGUGAGACCUUCAGUCCUGCUAAGACCAUCCUUCCAAGUGAAGCCUUCAAUCCCACUGAGACCAACCUUCCAAGUGAGACCUUCAGUCCCACUAAGACUAACCUUCAAAGUGAGACCUUCAGUCCCACUAAGACUAACCUUCAAAGUGAGAUCAGUUCCACUAAGACUAACCUUCCAAGUGAGACAUUCAGUCCCACUAAUACCAACCUUCAUUGUGAUACCUUUACUCCCACCAAGACCAACCUUCCAAGUGAGACCUUCAGUCCCACUAAGACUAACCUUCAAAGUGAGACCUUCACUCCCACAAAGACCAACCUUCCAAGUGAGACCUUCAGUUUCACUAAGACUAACCUUCAAAGUGAGACCUUCAGUCCCACUAGGGCCAUCCUUCCUUGUGAUACCUUCAAUCCCACUAAGACCAACCUUCAAAUUGAGACUUUCAGUCCCACUAAGACUAACGUUCAAAGUGAGACCUUCAGUCCCGCUAAGACCAUUCUUCCAUGUGAGACCUUCACUCCCACUGAGACCAACCUUCAAAGGGAGACCUUUACUUCCUCUAAAACCAACCUUCCAUGUGAGACCUUCACUCCCACCAAAACCAACUUUCCAAGUGAGACCUUCAAUCCUACUAAGACCACAAUUCCAUGUGAGACCUUCAGUGCCCCUGAGACCAGCCUUCAAAGGGAGACCUUUACUCCCAGUAAGACCAACCUUCCAAGUGAGACCGUUUCUCUCACUGAGACCAACCUUCCAAGUGAGACCUUCACUCUCGAUAAGACCAACCUUCCAAGUGAGACCUUCACUCCCACUGAGACCAACCCUCCAAGUGAGACCUUCACUCCCACUGAGACCAACCCCCCAAGUGAGACCUUCAUUCCCAUUCCAACCACCGCUAUCCACAUGAACCUAGUCUCUCCCAGUUCAGAGACUGGAAACACGUUGGCCUUAAAUCUGUCCCCAACUGAAGAACAAUUGAUACCGUCUCAUGAAAUAACAACAGAACAUGUUGAAGAAGAAACUUAUAAAGUGUUAGAAGUGGUUGCUGAUGAGGAACAACAGGUGGAAAAAGUAUUUGAUACAACGGUUGGUGUGGAAAAGGUUACCAUUCCAUCACCUGAAGAAGAAGUAGGGAAAGAUGGUGGUUCCAAUCAGAACAAAGUCUGUUCCACAUUAGCCCCUGCCUGGCAGAGGUCUCUCUCUGGAGGGGAUUCCAAAAACAUGCCACUGUCUUCCCCUACCCCAUCUGGAGAUGAAGAUGGUGAAGAACCCAUCAAGCAGGACCUCCAUGUGGAUGCACAGUCCCAUACACAUGCGGUAGUGACUUCUGGUAAAACAAAGAUGACUGGUGACAAUGCUGUCAAACCUCAGAAGACUGUGUCUCAAGACACAGCCAGAGCUCAGACCUCACCUGUUGCAGCAAAAGAAGAGAGUUCAGUGGUGGUGGAGGGAAGCUACGACAGUCCCUUUGGUGUUCGGCUCAGGAAGACAGCAGUUCUGCACAGCUUCAGCUCGGAGGAGGAAAUCACAGAGGCACCUGUUGAACCUCCAGCACAGUCUGUCAGCUCUAAAGUCGAGCCAACUGCCAUUGCCAAACCCUCCACAAGUCCAGCAAUCAGCAACAAACCUGCUCUCCCCAAGAAACCAGAUAUCCAUGGAGACAGUGGAGUGAAAACAAAGCGUGUUUCAGAGCCCGUUGCAGUUCGUAAUGUUUCUACUGGAUCUGAGUGUCCUAGCUGGAUCUCUGUGGCCAGACAGAAACAAAAGAUCUAUAAAAAAAACUCGCUGGAUGAAAUGACGGUCAAGAAGGAGGAACAAGACAAGAAGUCUCCACUGCCAACGUACGUCAGCUCUGCUGCAAGGAAAGAACUCUGCAACAAAACGCCUGAAUUCACUGGAAAAGUGAGUUUGUCAGAAAGCAGCAAUCCUCCAUGGCCUGCGGAGAAGGAGAGCAGGAAGUCUCUGUCGCCUCCCACUCCGGUGCCACCUCAGCCUCCUAAAUCCCAAGCACAGUCCUGCCCUGCCCCCGCUAAACCCCCGGCUCCUCUGGUCACUGCCAAACCUGCAUCCUCCCAUCCAUCCCCGUCCUCCUCCGCUCCGGCUCCUCUGAAAUCUCCCACUAGCGUCAACCCUCCGGUCCUCUCCAAAACCUCCCCCCCGUCCAAGCCCACGCUCACAUCACCUCCUUUUUCAUCGAGAGUCAACCCUCCCCUGCCGGAGCCGAGAGCUCCAGCGCUUUCCGCUCCAGCUUCUUUAGCCCAGCGUGGUCUUCCACCUUCGUCCUUGCCCCAAGAUGAGCCACCUUGGAUGGCUCUGGCCAAGAAGAAGGCCAAAGCUUGGAGCGAGAUGCCUCAGAUCGUUCAGUGACACACCCAGGUGUGCUCCUCUGCUUCAGUGUUGCGCUUUGAAGGCCACUUGACUCUCCACUAACAGCCUGGAUGGACCACACUGCAUUUGCACAUUAAGCAGAGCUCUUCUUGCUUCCUUCUUGCUUGUAAGCAUCUGGCAAUCUUCUGUAAAAUGACUCCAAUCACGCUAACCAUUAACAUGUUGUCACGUGAACCUUCAGCCAUACUUAGGUGCCUAAUUAAGGGAAAGGAUGGAGGCACCUGACUCACUAUGGUGAGAGAAAGCACACAGGAGUUCCAGGACCACACUGAGGGGAAUAAAAAGUACAAUUAUGAGGGGAAAACAAUGUAACAGUAUGAGAAAAAGUAAGGUGGUUCUUAGUGAAUGACAAAACGCCCUCACAAAUCUGAAGGGAAAAGUCAGCCACUGUAACUGCAUAAAUGAGUACUUAUUUGUUAAAAAUACUUUAUUUCUGUAAAAACUGUCCUCAUCUUAACAUCCUGUAUUUUAUGCUCAUAAUAUUACAAAUUGAUUCCACAGUAGGGAAGGGAUUCAUACGGACCCCAUUGCUGGGUGGAUGUUGCGUGCGAGGAAGGGGUGGGAGCGUUAAUCAUUUUUGCAAUGCAGUUUUCUGAAAAUGAUGGAAAGCGCCACUCUACAUUAUAAUCCAUCCAUCUAUCCACCUUCUUCAGCUUAUCCGAGGUCGGGUCGCGGGGGCAGCAGCCUAAGCAGGGAAGCCCAGACUUUCCUCUCCCCAGCCACUUCGUCCAGCUCCUCCCGGGGGAUCCCGAGGCGUUCCCAGGCCAGCCGGGAGACAUAGUCUUCCCAACGUGUCCUGGGUCUUCCCCGUGGCCUCCUACCGGUUGGACGUGCCCUAAACACCUCCCGAGGGAGGCGUUCGGGUGGCAUCCUGACCAGAUGCCCGAACCACCUCAUCUGGCUCCUCUCGAUGUGGAGGAGCAGUGGCUCCUCCACAUAAUAAUAAUAAUAAUAAUAAUAAUGGAUUAGAUUUAUAUAAUGCUUUUCUAGACACUCAAAGCACUUUACAGAGAAGUGAGAACCCAUCAUUCAUUCACACCUGGUGGUGGUAAGCUACAUUUGUAGCUGCCCUGGGGUAGACUGACAGAAGCGAGGCUGCCUACGGCCCCUCCAACGGCAGUGAUUUGGGAUGGCAAGAGGCGGGGAGCGAACCUGCAACCCUCAAGUUUCUGGCACGGCUGCUCUACCCACCACGCCAUGCCGCCCCCACAUAGCAACUGACGCCGUGGUCAACGGUGGAAUUGCCACAAAACAUGCUUUAAAACAUUCGACACUCUACUGCCAUCCGGUGGCAGAGGUGAAUGAUGCACCCCAGCCCCCGCCCCCAAUUCAUCAAGUUUCAUUUGUCAGAAAAAACGUGACUAAUAGGGCCAUAUGCAUCCCCUUCCGACUGCAAUUGUCACAAUGAUACAGUUUCUUCAUAAUAUUGUAAUAUUAAUCGUAUUUCAUAUAGCAUCUUUAUUCUUCAUUAUUUGAUAACACAAGCUAUUCACAAAAAAUUAAGGAUAUUUAGCUUUCUGGUGAAAUUUCAAGAUGAAGCUAAACCAGGGGUGUCAAAUGUACGCCGCGAGGGCCGGGUCAGGUUUUAUCCGGCCCGCAGGAUGAGUUUGCUAAGUAUAAAAAUGUACCUGAAAUUUUUUAAUGAAAGAAACAGCUGUUCUAAAUGUGUCCAUUGGAUGUCGCAAUAGCAAUUCUUUGUAUCUUUGUAGAUGAUGCUACAUGUGUAUAAAAUAAACCACAUAUUAGCGCACCAGUCGAGGAAAAUAAUCAAACUACAUAAAUAACAUCCUGUAAUUUGAUUUUGAUAUAUUUUUUAUAUCGAUAGAUUGAAAAUUAACACCAAUGACUUGACUGAUGAACAUUAUCACAUAAGAAAAUAAUAAUAAAAUAUAAAUAACGACAAAUAAAUGACUAACGGCAGCGUAUAAGUUUAAAGAAAACCUAACAACAUUAUGAUUUGUACAUUUGUGCUUGUUCUAUUUGUAAACAAAGAAAACAAUCUGAAGUUGUCUUUAUUUUGAAGUUAUUGUGCCGUGAUUUUACCAGUCCGGCCCACUUGGGAGUACAUUUUUCUCCAUGUGGCCCCCGACCUAAAAUGAGUUUGACACCCCUGAUCUAAACCAUACAAUAUCCUUUACAGGCGAACCUAAAACUUCUGAAUGGAAAUGUCCAAAGUUUCCGUACUUUUGAACACCAAAAUUAAAACAGGUGUGAUCCAUGCAUCAACCAAAAUACAUUUUCACAGAAAAAAAACUCUUCCAGUCUGUGACCUAAGCUCAGUGGCCACUUUCCUCUGUUGUCAAAAAGUGAACAACAUGAUGAAGAGGACUGAAAAUACCAAUUGUAAUGAUACAAUUGUGGAUCACACACCUGUUGGCUCCUUGUAAGAGAACGAGUUGUGUGAAAAGUAGUGAGCCAUUGAACGCUUGGACAUUCAAAUGUCAAACGCGGUUUAGUUUUAUCCUGCAUUUUUUUUGUGAGUAGUGCAAAUAUUUUUUCACGCGCAAUAUGUUGGCAUCUUGUCAUUCUAUUAAUUUAUUCUCAUAGUUGUAUUUUUGUUUCCUUUCCAUUGUGGCCGUGACGCUCCUCGCUCAGAAAGAGACGGGGACACUGCGAUGUGUUUCGUACUCAGAAAAGAGGCAAAGUAGCAAUUUGUGCAAGUGCUUACUUUAGGAGCGCAUAUAAACCACUUUUAAAUCGUAAGCGCAUCCAACAUCGACUAAACAAAAUGUGUUCAUCUGUGCUUAAGGCAAAUAUAGCUUUCAUAACACAAGCCACUAAAACCAAACUUUUCGGGCGGUCAAUGUAUUUUUAAGUCUUUCUUUUGGGUGUUUUGAAGCUGCAAGUGAUGAUGUGUCAGCAUCUUUUAACUUGAGCUUAAAACUUUUAACAAUGAUCCUUUUUUUCAGUCUUUUUUAUUUGCAUUGCCAUUUGAUUAUUGUCUAUUUUCUCAUCACUACCAAAAACGAUGUUACUGGUAGUGAAAAAGCAGCCGAUAUGUGGAGGUCCAUGUGCUGCAGCAAGGAAAGCAAGAAAGGUUUCAUUGUUGGUAGCGGAUUCAUCUAAUAUCUCACACACUUAUGUUGUAUGUGUUUGUUCUAUUUUGUAUUGCCUUGGAAAAUUUGUGGUGUACGUACGAGGUGCAGUAAAUAACAAAUUAAAUCUUUUUUUCUGUG